CUGAAUCUUAUGCAUAGAAAUUUACAAUUACUCCAAUCGUUACAUUAUUGUGUUUCCUUUUUUUUUUUUUUUUACACGAUAUUCAUCUAGAUUUUGAUAGAUUUGAUACCCCGAUCGAACCGAGACGAGAAUGCGCUUUACCCCAUCGAUCGUCGCCCAUGCGCGCCUGGGACUUUUCAGACAGCGCAGGAUACCCUUGAAUCGGACCUUUCCUUACAUUCCAAGACGAUUAAACUCGCAGAAUGCCGGUCAAUCCUCGGGCUUUCUCGACCACAAUGCGGACGACGCGACAGGUAAAACCAACGGGCAAGACUCCGAACCCAAUAUCAAGUCUGUUUUCUUGAGAAUAUUCGAGACAGCUGCUACCACAUUUGCUUCACUUCUUAUCCUGGGUGCCGCUGGAUACUCCUACCACAAAUACUACAAAUACCUGGUGCUGCAGAAGAUGGACAACGCGUUUCAGCCCGGAGAUCCGGCGCUAGUAGUCGCCGGGGUCGAGGAAGGAAAGCAACAGUACAAUCAUGAGGAACACUGGGUUGUCCGCGACGAGCAGGAGAAAAUAGAUAGGAUCAUUUCUGGGCAAGCAAACGGUCACUACUAUUUACUUGUCGGCGAGAAAGGCACCGGGAAGACAUCAAUGAUUUUGGAAGCAAUGCGCAAGAUUAAUGGGGACGGCGUGGCCAUGUUCGAGGCGCAUGGUGACCAGGAGAUUUUCCGGUUACGACUGGGGAAAGCAUUGGACUACGAGUUUCAUGAAGACUACAUAGGUAGUCUCUUCAGUAUCCGUGGCCCUCGCGACACUACGGCUCUCCUAGAUAUCGAACGUGCAUUCAAUAAAUUGGAGAAAGUUGCAGUUACGAGACGGCGCACGGGCAAGACGCCCUUGGUGCUGGUCAUCAACAGUAUGCACUUGGUGAGAGAUGACCAUGACGGUCAGGAUCUCCUCGAGGUGAUCCAGCAGCGGGCCGAACAGUGGGCGGCCAGCAACCUAGUUGUCACAGUGUUAAAUAGCGAUGACUACUGGGUAUAUGAACGCCUAAAGCGGUACGCGUCUCGAAUGGAGGUCAUUCCCGUCACAGAUCUCCCUAAAAAAAGGGCGAUGAUGGCCCUGAAGAAUUACCGUAGACAAUAUUUUGGCGAAGAUCUCCCUUCCGAGAUCCUCGAAGAGGUCUACAAUCAAGUCGGCGGUCGCUUAUCCUUCUUGAAUCGCGUUGCGCGGUCAGACGAUAUAUUGAAAACCUGUCGCGCCAUUUGCGAGACAGAAAAGACAUGGCUUCUCAACAAAUGCUGGAUUCUAGGAAUGGAAAUGGAUGACGAUGUGAUGGACGAGCAAAAAUAUUCCUCCGCUGCCUUGGUCCUAGCAAAGGCCUUGGUUGAGAAAGAGAAAGCUAUGGAUAAGACGUACGACCCCGAGAACGGCCAUAUUCUCCCGGAGAUCCCUCUUCACGAAGCCCGGUAUAUUAUGACAAGAGCCGACUUUAUUCAGAGCUAUGACCAUGACAACAUCUUCACGAUCGAUUCGCGAGCCAUGGUGCGAGCCGAUUCAGUUCCCAUGCAGAUCGCGUUUCGGGAGAUCUGCUCAGAGCCCGGCUUUGAAAAGCAUCUAGAACGUACUCUGGAACGUAUCGGCGACAUUGAAAGCUUGGGUCGGACGCGUGAACUCACCAUCAAGGACCUUUGGGACCAGGGCAAAUAUAAGAUUGUGGUUCGUGAUACCAAAGGUCGGGAAACCGGUACCGUUGAAUUCUCAACUGUGGAGCGUGCCAGUGAGGAUGAGGAUGAUUGAAUGUGAAAUUAUUGUAUAUGGACAAUCUGUCCGGUUUGGAAUACCAUGAAAGAACAUGUGUCUCGAAAGCCUAGUAAGAUUAACGGGGAGGAGUCUACAUAUAUAAUUUUUUAUUCCCACAUAGAAUUUCAUUUUACUGUUUCACUGUUAUUUUUAACCGCACAUAACGCCGAAAACGACAGCGAAAACAGCAACUAUCACCUGCCACACUCCCACACUUUUUGCCCACACACCACCAACACAAUCCCCAGGCAGUAUCAUGGCUUUUGUCAUCUGCAACAUCAUUUGCUUUCUAUUGAGUUCCACAAGGGUGUUGAAAAUGGCCUCCUCAGCUCUGUGCAUCCUUAGGUUUACCAAUGAUCAAGUUGAUGUUUUCAUUGCUUUUGCCCUGCACAUUCAUCCAGGCACUGUUCACCUCUUUCACUCAUUGCACUCUGUGACAAUAUCCCUCAUCAGGGGAGAGCUUUCAGACAAUCUCUGCCAACUCUUUUUC